AUGUGGAUUUUUGGCUUCGGCGAUGUUCCCUUGGCCAUUCUGCUAGCUCAUGAUGGGACGGUGAUCACAAUGGAACGGCAGAUUCGCCCCGAGCUAUUCGACAGCCAGAUAAAUUCUCAUAGAUCUGGUAUUGGCCUCUUCGCUAGCAAGGGAUGUCAAAACCAAAACAAUCGCUUCCAAAACACCAGUUCUUCUAAACGAUUCGCCAAUGCUAGCAGCGGUGGUCUCGGAUUUCUGAUUAUCCCAUCGAUAUCACUGGUCAUUAAGUGUCCAAGUUCCCCGCUGUGGUUCACAGAUGUCGCAAUUAUGGCCGUUUAG